UAUGUGAAAAAAAAUUUUGCAACAGAUUUUAUUGCUACCGGUCAUUAUGCGCAAAUAGUUCAUGAAAGUGGGAAGUAUUAUUUAAGUAAACCCAAAGAUAAUAAUAAAGACCAAACUUAUUUCCUGUGCCAAAUUGACCGUAAUUUAUUAAGCAGAAUAAUUUUUCCAUUGGCCGAUUUGACCAAAAAAGAAGUUCGCCAAAUUGCCGAAAAAGUCGGAUUAAUUAAUGCCCAAAAAAAAGAUUCGACUGGGAUUUGUUUUAUUGGGGAACGCAAAUUUGAAAACUUUCUGGCUAACUACUUUCCUAAAAAAGAGGGUGAGAUAAUGGAUAUUGAUAGCAAAAAAGUAAUUGGUAAACACUCUGGAAUUCCUUAUUUUACUAUUGGGCAACGCCGAAAUUUAGGACUGCAAGGACAAAAAAAACCGCAUUAUGUGGUGGGGAAAAUUAAAGAACAAGAGUUAGUUAAUUUUUUCAACAAUCAAAAAUUAAUAAUGGCUAAAUUUCGUUAUCGGCAACCGGAAAUUCCGGUUAAAAUUCUUGCUUUGGCUGAUUUUAAGGAACUAAAAGUAGAAUUUUCUGAAAAACAACGAGCCAUUACUCCUG